UUUGUUUGUGCAAUGUUUCAGAAAAGUAACUGUUAUUGAUUAUCAAGGAACUUGUAGCCCUCAAGAAUCUCAUCAAUCGUCAGCGCCGCGAACUCUAUCCAACUCUAUUAUAAAAACAGCGGCGGCAUUUGGCAAUUUUCUUUGGACUCUGGUUUUAGGCCUCAAUAUUCAAGAUUUCUGGCGAACGACAUUGACAUUUGCUAACAAUGCAAUGCAUUCGUUGGAUGACGAUUUGAUAUUCACGGACGAUGGUGAAACGCACGAUCUCGAUUCACUUACCCCUGUCGAUUCGACAGAGGAGGCAACAUCGGACGAGAACAUGUUUAUGAGAUUUCCGAUAAUUGCGCCAGCCUCGCCACCAACUACUCGAGCCACUUCCGCGCAUUAUCCCCGAAAAUUGCGCUCCUGUGAGAAGAAAACAGAUUUGUACAUUCUGCAACCUGAACGGCUUAAUACCAGUGGGCAGAGUAAUCCUUUGAAGGGAAAGCUCACUAAUUGUCACGUUACUGGAUGCGAAAGACCGUUCAGCGUUCAAAAGAUUCGUCACACUAAUUUGAUAUUGCUGGUAGUUGAUACGCUGUGUCCAUGCGGCAGUAAACAGUUGAGUAUUGAACCUAUCGAGGCAUUGACAGAACCUGGAGCAUGCACGGCAAGGAGAGAACGCUUGUAUCGACGAAGACCACCAAAAUGUAUAAACUACCAUCCUGAAGAGAUGGAGAUUAAAUUCUGUGGCGAUGCCAACCGUCUUGUUAGUUUUUCGUCGUUAAGUCUUACAGUUCUCUUACCCAUCGUUACAGUGCGGCUGUUACUUGCGUGACUUUAUCGUCAUUAAAUAAUAUUGCGCACACACGCGCGCAGAUACAUAUACACACACAUAUACACAUAUGUUUAUAAAUUACCUUUUUAAAAUAAAUUUAGCAUUAUUGUUUCUAUGAAACAAUUAUAAAGAAGAAGAGAAGUAAAACAAGAGAAAAUAAUGUAUUAGAUAUAAUCCGGAUUAUCACGAUAUGAAGGUGGUAAACCCACACACAUACUCACGAACGCACGCAUGCACAUACAUACAUACAU